AUGGGAUCUUUAUCCGUGUUUUUCAGAAAGCAGCACUUGUUUCCAAUGGUCACUAAAAUAUUUCUUUGAGAGUAAUGAGUGAUGGCUCUUCAGGAGAUCAGUGUGAUCUUCACACACAGACCCUCGGCCUUCUCUGCUGCUGUGCUGCUUCUAACACUCGUCCUCUGCAGAGGAUCGUUUGUAGUGGAUGUGACACAGAGCUCCUAUCAGGCAGAGGAGAACCACGACAUCACACUGGAGUGGACGUUCACCACCAAACCAGACACGUCCAUCUCAGCACUGGACAUCUCCUGUUACCUGAAUACUGAUCAAAAAUUCUCAACUGUGUAUUUUCUUCGUGGUGGUGUCGAGUUCUCAGAGGUUCAGGAUGAAAAGUUUUCAGGACGAGUCCAGAGUGACAAAGACGCCCUCAGAGAAGGACGAAUCAGACUCCAGCUGUCCAGACUCAGGACUGAGGACUCGGGUCUGUACCUGUGUGAGGUGGACACAGGUUAUGGCCGCGGCUACAACAGCUGCAGAGUCACCGUCUCUGAAUCAAAGCCUGAGAAGACAGAAACAUCUCAGCAACGUGGAAGUCUCCAACCACGAAAUCUGAAUCACGAGACCAAACGCCAGGGAAGAAUCGUCAUAGCUGUAUUCUUCUGUAUCUCUGUGUUCACGUGGGGAUUUAUGUUCUAUCAGAAUUGUAGAGAACACUGAGACGGAGCAGGAGAGUGACAGUCAGAGUAGUGCCUGCGUCCUGGACAGAAGCCCGAAGCCGUAGUAAUCACUACUGUCAAUAAAAGCACAAAAACAGCAAAGCUGAAGUGUCCAUCCUUCUCACACCCACAUUCUCACUGGAUGUUUCAGUGACGUCAUCACACCUGUCAAAAAUCUGAUUUCUAACAAAUAGCAUUAGUGUAGAUCAGCCAGUAGAUGGCAGCAUCCUGUUAAAUCUACCUGCAUGAGUUUACAGUAUGAUAAUAAUAGGUGAACUGUCUGUACAGUUGUUGUAUUGUUUGAGUUUAGUAUCAGGUAAUUAUGAUGACAAAUAGGAACCAGUUGCCUUAUCUGCAUGAACUUGGCCACCAAAACCACUUCAGGUGUUUGAUGCAUAAUAACUUUGACAUUUUUAAUCACUUGUUGUGCUGCUAUUUUUAAAUGUGUGUGUUUGUUUUUUGGGGGUUUUUUUUUGGUGGUGUUGAAGAUUGUACAAAGACAAAAUAUCAAAUAUUUGUAGAUACAGUACAGUUUAUAGUCACGAUGAUGCUGGACACAGGGCAGGAACAGGCUCUGCUUCACUGGGUCGGCUCACUCUGAUCACAUCUGAGGGCAACAUUUUUUUUUUCACAUUGCGUGACUUGAGUUUAUAUAUUCAGAUGUAACUAACCAUAUAAAUGUGAUGAUGAUGAUGAUUAUUCAAGUUUUUUCAUGUGAGCUAGUGAUGAUGCAAUGCAUGUUUCUUUUUA